GUCCGCCCGGUAGUCGGAGCGGAGGGGGGACCGCGAAGGCGAGAGCUUCGGGCAGUGUGUGUGUGUGUGUGUGUUUGGGAGAGAGAGAGAGAAAGAGAGAGAGAGAGAGAGAGAGUGGGAGAGAGAGAGAGCUGGUGACGGACACCGAAAUAUCUCCACGACGACUUUCCCAGCAUCUUAAAUCAACGCAGCGAUGUACACACUCCUGCUGUAGCGGUCGUUUUGUGUCUCGUAUAGAUUGAACAAUGUGAUUGUGAUCGGAGGCAGCGGCACUCCAGUGGUCGAAGACCUCACCCUACUUCACUAGAAUGUACUUGAUGAAUGUACCUCCUGUCGCAGCGACGCAAACAGAAUGGAGAACAUGUGGCCCACCUGGAGGCUAUAGCCUUCAGUGCUUCAAUGACUCCGACACUGAGUUGUCAGCCAGAGGCACACCUAUCUCAGAUAAGGUCCAGAUGAUCAUAGAGAGCCUUAGGAGCACUCAGUCCUCACUCGAGAUGGGCGACGAGAUCGAGGGAAAUGUGCUAACAGGACAAGACGGUCAUCCCCAAGUCUGCAAGGUUGCAAUGGGUUCUUAUGUGGGAGCAAAGUCCAAAACUAAGGGUCUCACUGAAAACCAGCCGUCAGAUUUUUCCUCCCCAAUCAACCAUGAGAGCAGUGACUCCGACAGUGAUGAUUCUGUGGACAGGGGAAUUGAGGAGGCAAUUCUGGAAUACCUGAAGGAAAAGGAUGAUCACAAACGCAAGGCGGAGCCGUGCUCCACAUUUCUCCAAUCAUCCAAAAUUCCAAGGAAAAAUCCACCUAUUCCUGAGGUUUCUAAACAGAACUCUGACAGCACAUUUUUAAUUGCAAGCAACCAGUAUCCAAAAAGUGCCAAAGCCGAGUCCCCGACAGCAUCAGCUCUUAUACCUAUAAAAAAGUAUAUCAAAAACAAGGCCAUUAACGACAACAUGGUUAAGAAAUUGGAUUCUAAUAAAAGUACAACAGCUAAAAAUUUAGUCUUGCCCAAAGAGCAGACAAAGAGCCCAUCUAAAACAAACAGCAUAUUCAACAAAGUGAAGUCCCCGGUCACAGUGAAGGUCGAGGAAGAGUCAAAUGAUUCUAGUAGUGAUGAUGGUAUCGAGGAGGCCAUUCAAAGAUAUCAGUUAGAAAAAAAGGAGCAGCAGAACAGAAGGGAAACUUUCAAUCCACAUGCAUUCAAAGAGGAGUCUGACUCCACUAGCGACGAUGGGAUCGAAGAAGCUAUUCGCUGCUACCAGCUUGAGCAACUUAAGGAGAAGAGUGUCCUGAAACCAUUCUCACACAAACAAAAACCCUGUAGUAAGUCGUUAAUACAUGCUGUUGGAAGUACAAGCACGGAAAGCAUGAAAAAACACAAACUGAGAAAGAAAAAGACCAUAACAGAGAAAGAAGUGAAAUCUGUCCCUCUUCCAGCUGCUUUCAUACCCACAAAUUCACUUUCAGAGAACCAGAAAGGUAAAGGAAAUGGACUACUUUCAUUUAAAGUAGAGAGUUUUAAAGAUCAACCUACACCUGCUCCCCCAAAGGUUAAUACAACUGCAGAGCUCAUGUGUGCUGAGGCAAUACUGGAUAUUUCGAAAACUGUUAUGCCUGGGGCCUUCCAUCAUAGUGUGGGCCUCAGCAGUUGUUCUCCCGCCGAGUCUCCCCUGCAGUCUUCACUUCCUGACACUUGCCCAGAUGAAGAAAGUGGUGACAGCUCCAUUGAUAGUGAAGAUGGCAUUGAGCAGGAAAUCAGGAAAUUUCUUGAGCAAAAAGCCCAAAUGCACAAACUGCUACCCAGCUCUCCUGUGACUCAAGAGCCUCAAAGUAUGAAUGAGCCAGAGAGAGUAAAAGCAAAACAAGUUGCGACCCAAAAGAAACCUUCAAGAAUGUCGCUGACACAGAGAAGAAAACACAAAGAAGAAAAUUGUAGCAUUUCCAGCAUAUCAGGGAUGGAUAACAGUGUUAAAGUAACAGCCCCUAAAUCUUUGCCUGAGCAUAGAAAAGAUUUGAGCCCAUUGUUAUUUUCCCACAGAAGUCAAACACGCCCAAUAGCUGGAUUACACAAGACAGAGCAAAGUGGAGACAAAAGUAGCUCACUUGACAGUGACGAGGACCUAGACACCGCUAUAAAAGACUUGCUCAAGACAAAAAAGAAGUCAAAGAAAAAGACAAGAGACUCAAAGCGGAAAUCAAAGAAGUGCCUCAAGGAUGAAGAACCACUGCUAAGAAAUGCUUCACAGACCAAAAAGUUUAAACUUGAUCCUUUUUCGAAGCGCAGUGCUCUGAAAAAAGAACAGAAGAGUAAGGAUGACUUUAAAGACAAGACUGGAUUGAGCAAAAAGAACUUUUCCCAACAUAAACAAACUGAUAAAAGUAAAGAGCAUUAUAUGCGCGGAGAUGAAACAGGGAUAUUGAAAGAGACUGAGGGUCAAGACUCCAUGUUGCUAAACAAUACUCAGACUGCUCUUCAGAUAAAGGAAGAUAGUAGUUCAGUAGACAGCGACGAUAGCAUUGAGCAAGAGAUCAGAAGGUUUCUGGCAGAAAAGGCCAAAGUUUCAACUGCAGUGAAAAGUAAAGAAGGUGAUGUGUCGAGGAAUGGUACUGUUGUGGUUUGUACCCCACUUCAAGAUGAAGACAUUAAACAGGAAAAUCAGCUGGCUGAAAUUCCAAGAAAGAGUAUCACCACCCCUUUCUCUGGACAAUCUUCUCCAAGUAGCCCACCUCAAGAUAGAAAGUCUCUUCCAACGCCACAGAUUUUGCUGCCAGACAUCUCUUCUGUCUGUGCACAAUCACGUCUGUCCUCAGGCCAGUCCUGCAGCCCCAGUCUUUUGGAGCCAGCAGAUGGGGCAGGGGCUGUCAGAACCGAGCAAAGGAGGCCUAGCACAGGGAGAGGUGACUUCCAGGAUGUAACCCCACAGAUGGAGAGAGUUCGACCGGUUUUGAGUCCCAGCAUUGCUCAUUCUCGUUCUGAGUCAAUCAAGUGGCGCCAGAGCCUGGGACUUCCCAUUACUGACACAAGGACUCUCAGUCGAACACCAUUCCAUAUCACCUCAUCUAAGAUCAACGAGACUGCACCAGGAAUUAUACCAUAUCAAAGUGGGGGCAUCAACCUCAAAUCAGAGACUCCAGUCGCCGUUUGGUCCUCUACAAGGACCAGCACAGCACCUUUUACCUGGUCGACAGAGACAACUGUAAAUAGCACAUUCAGAUCCCCUGUUUUGAAUCUUUUGUCUACUGCCAGGCAGCAUCCAAGGCUGUCUUUUACACGGAGCCUGCCACCUGGCCACAGGUCACAGUGCCCCAUAGAAGGAGAGACAGAGAGUAUGGUGCAUAUAUCUAAGGACAAGAGUGUGUUUGUCGAACUGGAAUCUAAUAGGACCAACCAUGUCCAGGUUCGAAGCAGGGAAAGGAGUGAGGGAAAGGAGAGAGUCGACUUGCUAAUUGAGAAAAAAAGAGAAGGCGAGAGCAUGAAGAUAGAUGAUAAAGAAGUACAUCUAGAAAGAACAGCGGAAGAAUUUGUAGAUGAGGCAGAUUGUGAGUCAGGAGACAGGAGAAAUCCAGAGAAGAAGCAGGGCUUUUCAACAUUGUCUUUGUCCAGUGCCAUUGACCCCGGCAUCACCUUCAGCCCUUGCAUAGCUCUUACCACAGCGGAGAGAAGCAGGAUGUUCAACAGGAGGUACCUGGCUGAAAAAUGCAGAAAGAACAAGACUGUACGACGUGUCAAAAGAAAGCUUCAGUUUGUUCCAGUGAACAGGAGAAAUGAAGCAGUCCUCCAGCACAGCGUAACAGAGUAAAACUCCAUUCUGCAUUUGAAACAUUCGUGGAUGAUGUUUGAUAUUACAGUUUGUGGGCUGUUGAAUAAUUACGUUGCACUUUAUUAAGUGCUAGUUUAUAUGAGGUUUCAUGUUAGUUUUGAUGUUGCAGACAAAUGGCAAUUU